CGUUUGCUUUCGAAUGGUAAAUUCACCAAGUUCGAAUUGAAGCCUCAUUCCAUUCACUUUAUCUUGGAAGUUCAAACUGAGAAAAAGAAAAAGAAGGGGAACGCGAAUCGCGUAGAUACAUUUGUUUGUGAAAUAAAACAAUUCCCUACUGCAAUCAAUCCUGACAGUGCAGAGUUCGAGGUUUUGGAGCCAGCCAGUGGUGAAUGUUUCAUUCUGUUGUCCCUGAUAAAGGUUGAUAACUUGAAAGUGAAUUGGAAAGAAUUCUUGGAAAGCAACGGCACUUUAGACGUCACUUGUAUCUAG